CUUUAGUAUAGUCGAAGCAGAGGUAUGACACAAGUACUUUGUGGUACUUGCCUAUAUAUAGGUAACAUGCAGCCGUUCCAGUCAGUGUACCAACAUUCAAUUAUCUUGACGGCAUACUUUUCUUCUCAUCUCUCCCCUUACCUGAGUCUUGAAGUCCUCAUAGUCAGUGGUAAUUCAACAUGGCGCUCACUCAGGUUCAGCAAAGCCUGUUCCCACCCCAGGUCAAAGCAUUUCAGCAGGACAAUUCUCUUACUAUACGCCUGCCUGAGAUGUUUGUCUUGUUCUUAUCUGGCGAACCAACAGUAAACCCCCACUAUGAGAGCGUCAGGAAGGUGUCAGAGGAAUGGCUAGUCAGGGAAUGCUCAUUCAACGAGAAAGCCCAAAGGAGACUGCACAAGACCGACUUUGCCUAUUUCUGCGCCAUAGCUGUUCCAGACGCCGAGCCUGAGGAGCUUCGGACAGUCUUUGAUUGGGGAAACUGGGUGUUUCCAUUUGACGACCUCUUUGACAAUGGGUGUCUCAAAGAUGAUCCACAUCGGGCCGAAGCACUAAUUGAUAGUUUGAAGGCUGGUAUGGUUGAUCAAGGUGAAUAUAUGCCUGUUUCUGCAGAUCAUCCCUUGGUUCAGAUACACAAUUCAGUGUGGCAUCGCAUUGCCAAGGCUAGCUCUGUCGGCAUCCGUCGGAGGUUUGCAACUACCAUGCGCGAUUAUUGCACUGGAUGUAUUGCUCAAGUGCGCAAAUGCUCCGAAGGGAAACUUCCGUCGCUUGAGGAAAUGCUGUCUUUGCGCAGGCAGUCAGCAGGCGUGUCACCGCUGUUUUCCUUGGUAGAGUAUGCCCAUAAAUUAGAGCUACCAGACUGUGUGUUCGAGUGCAAAAGCAUCCGGGAAAUCGAGAGGAUAGGCAUCGAUCUUGUCUUAAUACAAAACGAUAUCCUUUCCUACUGCAAGGAAGAGAAAGAAGGUGUACGCCAUAACAUGGUCGCCAUCUGCCGGCAUAACGGCAUGCCCGCGCAGAUGGCAUUCAACCAUAUUGGCAGCAUGCUCGCUGAGCGUUACCGAGACUGGUAUCUUGCAUUGGCAGCCCUUCCAACCUGGGGCGAGCCGGUCGAUGCCGACGUCCAGAAAUACAUCCGAGGCGUGCAGAAUGUCGUCCGCGCCAAUCUUCACUGGAGCUUCCGAUCAGGGAGGUAUUUUGGACCAGCAAACGACAAAGUGCGAAGGACGGGACAGGUGACGGUGCGAGGACAAAGUGCUGAUUUCAAGCUGUCAUUCAUGUGA